AUGAACGCCGGCCUGAACCUUUCUGAAGAGUCCAAAGAGAGAUUAUCCAAAAUUCUUGACACCACCAAGACCAUCGCCCACUACGGAUGGAUCCCUUUUAUCAUUUACCUGGGCUGGCAAUCCACCUCCAACAGACCAAACCUCAUUAACUUGCUUUCUCCCUUGCCAACUGCCUGA